GUGCCGCACAAAGCCAGGAAGGAAUGCCUUUAAAGCACCGGUGGUGGUUUUCAUGCAGUGGCACAGUGAGGAGGAGAUGCCGACACCGGACCACGGACGCGCCUCCCGUGACACUCGCGCAGGGACCGCGGCGUGAUGAGCUUGGUGCCGAGCGGCGCUGCGGACAGUCCGGGGCUCGGCGUCCUCUCAGCGGAGGGGCUGCCUCCGCUGCCCAGAAGCCUGAGCCGCGUCCUGAGCUCCGGCGGGGAACCACGGAGAGACACGGGCGACGGAGCGCGCAGCCGGAGCGACGCGGACGCGACGCACGCUCCGAGCCAACUGGGAGGACUGGGCGCUGGACUGGGCGCUGCACUGGCGCUGCUGCGGAAGGAGAUGGUGGACCUGCGUCAGCUCGACGUGACUCUGCUGGGCCAGAUGUGGUCUCUCCACGAGGACAUCCAGGAGUACAAAAACUCCUCCCUUCUGUCUGAUGCUGCAUACUCUGAGGAAGAGGAGGAAGAGGAAGAUGAGAAAGGAGUCAUUGCACAUGGACCUCUGUCAUCAUCCUUAUCUCUGCCUCCACCCAGUAGUAACUGCAGCGACCAGUGGAUCAAAGACUCCUUUAAUGCUCCCUGAUAACAAAACAGAAGCUCACUGUGAUACAUGGAAACAUCUUGACUGUGUUCGUUCAACAUCUCUUGUUUUAUGCCAUGUCUUAUCCAGUUAAUUUAUUCAGCUAAAGCAUUUUACUGCAGCAGCUUCUAAACUUACCAGACUUCAAAUCUUCAAAGCCGAAAUAAGAAUAAAUAAGAAAAUCCAAAGCAGACAGAGACUUAGGUUCAGACAUGUUUACACCAUCUACCUGUUAAUACCUGCUGCUUAAGCAAGAAGCGUGGCAUCGAAACAUAUUAACGUUUAUGAGUUACAGGUCUGAAGCAACAGUGACGCGUCGCCAGAUAAUGUGCAUGUGCAAUAUGUUCCCUUGUGAGUUAUUGCAAAAUCAUGGAACAUGGCUCACUGUGCACGUUUGUGUCGACUAUUGGAAAACAGUGCUGGGAGAUUUCACAGUGUUAAGAUGGAAAUGUCCUGUGUCCAGUGCUUUGUUCUUGUAACUCAGCGCUGUCAAUAAACGGCCUCUGCAUGAGUCAUGCUGAA